AAAAAGCGAAGCGAGAGAUUGACUUGGAGUUUAAAAACAAAAAUAUAAUUUUUGAAUAUUUUAUAUGAAAUAAAUAACAUGGUUACUUUCGGACCCGAUGAAGUUGGCUUAGCCGAUAAUUCACCAUGUGCUGGCAUCAGAGCGGAUCUUAAAAUGUGUUUACUAAACAGUGAUUGCUGUAGAAAGAAUAAAAUGACCCCACGAGAAUGUCUUCGAGAUGGAAAUGUACCUGACGAGUGCUUACAAUUAAGACAGUCAUUUUUUGAAUGCAAAAGAUCAUUGCUUGAUAACAGAAGAAGAUUUCGUGGUCACAAAGGUUACUAAAUAUGUAUGAAGAAAUUAAGUUGUGCAUUAAUUAGGCUAAUACUUUAAUUUUUUAAAUAUAACAUGUAUUAUAUUAAUAAUAAUAUUUUGUUGAAAUAAAUAGUCAGCUGUUAACACUUGUUUAUCAUUUAUGCACUGGCUGUAUGAUCAAAGGUACCUAACAAUUUUUAGUCCCAAAGUAAAUAUAA